AUGAGAAUCGCCGACGAUACGGUGCACGUCGGUAACAGUUUCAACUUGCCCCCCGCGGGGCCGCAGCCUUCUGAGAGCCGUAACAGUAAAGCAGCAGUGACGGAUAUCCAUAGUUACACCCAUAAGUGGCAGCGCACGAUGGCCCGGCCGCACCCGACAGACCAGUAUGGGUUUUAUCAACGGCUCAACUGGCUUUUCCAUGGGGCCGCGCGGGGCGCGGGAACGAUAGUGAGGGCGUUCCAUCGGUUGGGCGGGGAUGGAUUAGCCGGGCCUGGGAAGAUGGCCUCCUCGGAGCAAGCGGAGCAGCCCAGCCAGGCUGGCUCCAGCCCUGCACCUGAAAAUGCAGCGUCUCGAGAGCCACUGAUUGUGACAGCAGUGAAGUUUUUACAGAACCCACGAGUCCGCCAAAGUCCUCUUGCAUCCAGAAGAGCAUUUCUGAAGAAGAAAGGCCUGACAGAUGAAGAAAUUGACCUGGCUUUCCAGCAGUCGGGCACGAGCACAGAUGAGCCACAGUCCCCAGGUCCUUCUGCACAGCUGGUACCACCUCAACUCUCUCACCCUGUGGUGCCUAGUCCACCUGGCUCUAGAUGGCGAGAUUAUGGGGCUUUGGCUAUCAUAAUGACAGGAAUUGCCUUUGGAUUCCACCAGCUCUACAAGAAAUACUUGCUUCCUCUCAUCAUGGGAGGCAAAGAAGAUAGGAAACAACUUCAGAGGAUUGAGUCAAACAUUGCUGAGAUGAGUGGCAGUGUGACACAGACAGUGACUCAGUUACAGACAACUUUAGCAGCUGUCCAGGACCUGCUAACCCAGCAAAAACAGAAAAUCCAGGAGCUCACCCAAGAACUGGCUGCUUCUAAGGCCACAACUUCUACCAACUGGAUUCUGGAGUCACAGAAUAUUAAUGAAUUGAAAUCUGAGAUCUACUCAUUAAAAGGGCUUCUCCUGAACCGGAGGCAGUUCCCUCCUUCCCCUUCGGCUCCUAAGAUUCCAUCAUGGCAGAUCCCAGUGAAGCCAAGCUCACCCUCCAACCCUGUUGUUACCACCCACAACAGCAGCAGUGACAUCUCACCUGUCAGCAAUGAGUCCGCCACCUCAUCCCCAGUCAAAGAGAACCACAGCCCUGAAGGUUCGAAGGUCAGCUGCCAUCUGCUGAGCACAGAGGAGGGCAACAAGGCAGUGAUUGACGUCAAGAGCCAAGUGCGGAUGGAGGUGCAGGGUGAGGAGGAGAAAAGGGAAACCAAAAGGAAUGAAGAGGAGGAAGAGGACGAUGAGGAUGAUGAUGUUAGCCAUGUGGAUGAGGAGGAAUGUCUGGGUGUCCAGACUGAGGACCGGCGAGGAGGGGAUGGUCAGAUUAAUGAGCAAGUGGAAAAGCUACGAAGACCUGAGGGGGCCAGCAACGAGAAUGAGAUUGACUAAGGCACCCUGGCUGCUGCUGUACAUCUUCCCUAGCCUCCUGCACUGUCCCUGGUGCCU